AUGAGCCCGAAUGCGAAGAGUUGGCGCGGCUCGGCUCCAAGGCUUUGGAAUCUGCGCCGGGCAGAAAUUGACACUAAGCACGCCGCGUAUGCCCCGCUUUCCGUGGCUGCCAUUGAAGCCACUCAAUCCCAAGCACGAGUUGUGAAGAACUUAUUGGUCAAGUGGUCGGCUCGUGCGGCCCUCAUUCCAAGUUGGUCGCGUAGUUUUUGGAAGGAAGUCGGUGAACAAGGCAAGCUCGAAAAUCGUGUGGAGGCGUUGCUCAAGUUCUUCCGUUAUCUCGGAAAUGGAAGCGGAACACCUCCGCGCGUCGCGGAGCUGAAGGAAAAGCUUGCGGAGCUUGAGAGUAGUGGUGCAUUGGCUCAUUCCACGGCUCUGUUUGACAAUGGUUUGCUGGACGCACACCGCACAGAGGUAGAUGAGGAGGAUGCCGGAGGUUGGGAGGCCAGUCUCCCGCCAAACAUGAAACGGGCAGGCCCAGAAAUCUAUGCGUCCUUUCGUGCUUCCGGAGCCCGAAGUGCCAUAGAGUGGCUCAAUCAGAUGAUUCCGCUUAAUCGUCGAGGAGAUGCGCUUUAUUUGGACCUUUUCAAUCAAGCUUCGUUGGUGGACUUCGCCGUGAAGGAUGCGAAGGGCCCCCAAGCUCAAGCACUAUCUCUGAUAGCUCCCAACGAUAUUGCGGACGUGGCUCUGAGGAGACUGGCAUCGUAUGUGCAUGAAAAAGGGACCAGUGAUCGUGAUGCGGCAGUGUCCAUGCUCGCCAUCAAACCUACCAACCUAUCUCAUGACAUUGCUCCGGCAUGGCUGGUGUCACAGGCUGCUUUAUUUGCUCAGAAUGAGCAUAAGAGGCGUGAGCGGGCCAAAGCGCAACGAGGCGAUGCUAAGGGCACCAGUGGUCAAGCAAAGGGCUCAUCGAAAGGAGGUGGUGGGAGCGAGGUAACAAAUGCCCCAAAGGCGGCAAGGCCCAGAAAGCUGUAUGGAGACAUUUGCUUCAUGUUAGCAACAUUUAGCAACGAUGGUCUCCGGGUCCGCCGGGAGGUCCCUCCGACAGGCGGCCAGCCGGCCGUCGCGGCGCUCGUCAAAUCCGCGAAGGUGGAUGCGAUGGGUUAUGCGACGGUUUCCAAGACGCAUGCCCAAGUGCCCAUGGACGCUUCUCGCAUUGUUGAGCCGUCGGAUGAACAAGUAGUCGACAUGUUGCAAGCACUUCCGCAAGAUGAACGUCAAUUUUAUGCCCGCAAAUAG